UUAUUAACAAUUUUUUAAUUACUUUUUAAUUAUUCUUAAUCAUAUAGAUUAUCAUGAAGUGGAAGAAGAUAUUUAUUAUAAUUUUUCUAAUGGGAUUAUCGUCUUCUCAAUCCGAAAUUACCGGUGUAGAUCCAAAAUUACUUAUUGAAAUAUUUGGUACACCACCACCUAGACAAGUAGCUCCGAUUCCAACUACAACAAACCGCCCGUCGACGACAUUCAGCACCAAAGGCUUAAAUCAAUUAAUUGAUGAAGUUUUUGGCACUCCUAAUAGAGAAAAUUAUGAAAAAAGUCCAUCAAAUAAUCAGGGAAUUAAUGUUAACACUCCAGAAAAUUAUGGUUGUGAAUGCGUUAAUUAUUACUUGUGUUCAAACGGGACAAUUGUUAAUGAUGGUGUUGGAAUAAUUGAUAUCAGACUUGGAGAAAAUACCUGUGACAAUUAUUUAGAAGUUUGCUGUUCACCUUCGAAUAUCCUGGACCGUGACAAGCGUCGAACACCGAAGCCAAAGGUCCGUCGUGGAUGCGGAUAUCGUAAUUUCAAUGGUGUAGGUUUUAGAAUCACCGGAGCUGAUAAUAGUGAAGCUGAGUUUGGAGAAUUUCCUUGGAUGGUUGCUGUUUUACUUCCGGAUGGAACUUUGGUGAAUACUCAAGAAGAAGAAAAAUUCCAUUAUCAGUGUGGAGGUUCUUUAAUUCAUCCUCGAGCCGUUUUGACAGCUGCGCACUGUGUUAAAGGAUUAAACUCUAGAGAUUUAGUCGUAAGAGCCGGCGAAUGGGACACUCAAACACAAAGUGAACCACUUCCACAUCAAAAUCGAGAUGUUUCAAGAAUUAUUAUGCACCCUAAUUUUAAAUCUGGAAAUUUACACAAUGAUUUUGCGGUAUUAAUUUUAUCUGAAGCGAUGGAACAAGCUGAGAAUGUUGAUGUUGUUUGUCUGCCUGAUAAAUAUGAGAUUUUUGACAAUACAAGGUGCGUUGCAAGCGGUUGGGGAAAAAAUGUCUUUGGUAAAGAAGGAGAAUACCAAGUUAUUCUAAAACGAGUAGAUUUACCAGCAAUUAAUCACGCAGUCUGUCAAAAUUCUCUACGUGAAACUAGACUUGGAAAAUAUUUCCAAUUAAAUGAAAGUUUUAUGUGCGCUGGAGGUGAACCUGGAAAAGACACUUGCAAGGGUGAUGGAGGUAGUCCACUAGUCUGCCCUCUUCGUGAUGAUCCAACUCGCUACUCACAAGCUGGAAUAGUUUCUUGGGGCAUCGGUUGUGGCGAAGACCGAGUUCCAGGUGUCUAUUCAAAUGUCGCGUAUGCACGCGAAUGGAUUGAUCAACAAUUAGCAGAAGCAUUUUCCGCAUUUUCUGGCUAAUUUCCUUCAAUUUUUUUUACAAUAUAUAAAUAACAUUAAUAUUAAUUAUUUUAAAAUGUUAAAUAAUAAAUAAAAUAAAUAAAACAUA